CUCAGUUGCAUAUGUAUCAUAUAGCCCAUCGAUUACUACGCCUAUGCUGACGUAUACGCUGAGCGCUGCUUCCGUGAGCACAAAGUUGGGAGCGUAGGGGUGCGUCAGUCAUUCCUUGUAUGUUUUACUUCAGCGUGUCGUGUUAACAAAGAAGGAAGAAGGAUGCGGGGCCGCGUGGAGGGGCCUGAGCCCCCCUCGCGCCUUCUAUUCCGGUCAGCACCGCAGGAGGACAUGGAGGCCAGCACCAGUGAGCCUUCCAUUUUGGAUGAACUCAGCGCGCUUGCUACUCCGGAGCUUCGCCGAGCGUGGGACCGCGUUCGCACAGCCGCAAUUCGCGGUGCUGCCGCGGGUGUCCUGAUAAAGGGCGGCUUGCACACCCUUACCUUUAUCAUGUACCUACUAUCACGGCUUCGUGGCAAGGGACGCCAACGAAUGAUGACGCUUGCGGACGUUUUGCGGGAUACAGUGUUACAUACAUGCUUUUUAGCGACGCUGGGCUCGUCCUACACCGCUGUGGAUGAGGGCAUUGCGCUCCUUUUCGGGAAAGCCAGUACCCAGCGCUGGCGCGCCCUGGUCGCUGGUCUGGUGGCCGGCCAGUCGCUGCGAAUCACCGGCCCCCGGCGGCGGCACUACAGCCUGGCCACCUACAUACUGCUGCGCGGCCUCACGCUGCUGGUGCGCACCGGGAACAAACCCAGCGCGCCCCCCGCCCUGCGCGCGCUGCUGCGCCCCACCCGGCUGCAGCACGGCGACACGCUGCUGAUGUGCGCGGCCGCCAGCCAGAUCCUCUACUCCUUCAUCAUGGAGCCCGGCACGCUGCCGCCCACCUACGUGCGCUUCAUCAACCGGGUGGGGGGCAAGGACCCGGCGGUGUGGGCGGCCAUACGGGAGCACGCGCUGCGCAACUCCGCGGGCCGCCCCCCGGGUCCGCUGGCCGCGCUGUCCCGCACGCCGCUGGCCUACCUGAACGCCGCACCCGGCCGCCUGCGCCGCACACCCUGCGAGUUCUUCCACCCGGGGCAGAGCUGCGCGGCGCAUGCGGCGUCGGUGGUGCCGCAGGCCUACGCCACCUCCCUCUCCGUCUACGUCCCCUUCUACCUGGUGUCCUCGGUGCUGGUGCACCGCUGGGCGCUGCUGGCGAGGCCGGGGGAGCUGCUGCCCAGGGUGGCGGCGGGGGUGGCGCGCUCCGCGGCCUUCCUGUCGGUCUACAUCGCCACCGCGUUUGCGGGUGCGUGUGCCGGCUUCCAUCUGAGCGGCACCAACACGGGGGCUGUGAUUGCAGGCAGCGUGUGGGCGGGCGGGCUGGCCACGCUGAUCGAGAAGAAGAGCCGCCGCAUGGAGCUGGCCAUGUACUGCGCGGCGAGGGCGCUGGAGGCCUUCAUCAGGUGCUGCCGGCUGUGGGCCGACCCCGCCAGCCACGCUCGUCCCCCGCCCCCCGGCCCCGGCCACCUCUCCUCCGGCCUGCACCUCCCCUCACGCGUGCUGCCCGUUCGCACCCCAGGCCUCUGCGGCAGCGCCGGCAGCAGCGGCGUGUCGCUCUUCACACCCGCCUCCGCUGCUGCUGCCGCCGCCGCCGCCGCCGCUGCAGCCGCGGCCGUGCUGCCCUCCCCAUCCAGCCUUGCCGGUGCUGCUGCCGCUGUCCCCAGCCGCAGCGGCGGCGGCCCGCGUCUGGACGUGCUGCUGUUCAGCCUGGGGUGCGGCGCCAUCAUGCACUGUUACAGCGACGCAUGCGGGCAGCACCGCGACGUCUUCCGCUCCAAGUACCUCAACGUGCUGGACUUCAUCUUUGGCAAUGAGGGCGUGCAGCGAGGCAGCAUCUCCCACGUGCCCACCAACAAGGAGCUGGUCAGCAGCAUGGGGCGCCGCAUCCGGACCAUGUCGCGCGGGGUGCUGUCAGCGGCCGCGGGCGGCACCGCGGGCAGGGGCAGCGCCGCGGAGCUGUACUCACCGCUGCCGCAGUCCGCAGCGGCUUCACAGGCGGAGGGGCUGUGGACGCUGCAGGGCGGCAGUGGCAGCGGCGGUGGAGAGGGAGGGCUGGGUCGGUACCGCGGCGGCGGCGGCGGAGGCAAUGGCUACCAUGGAGGGUACUAUCAUGGGGGUGCGGAUGGGAGCAGAAGCUACUACUACCAGGAGGCUGGAGCGGCUGGUAGCGUUGCCGGCCUGGACAAGGAGGAUGUGGAGGAGGAACUGCGGCUGCUGCAUGGGUACGGGCGAGGGCAGGGCGGCGUCAGCGGCCGGCCGCCUUCACCAUGGGUCCAGCAGUACCGCUACCCGCAGCAGCAGGGGGAGAGGGAGGAGCAGCAGCGGCAGCAGGCGGGGCCGUCGGCGUUUGCUGCUGCAGCGGCGGCGGCGGUUAUGGAGGGAGGCAGCGGGGCUGUGGGUGGGGUCAAUCUGGAGCUCCCGCUGUCGCCGGUGCAUGGGCUGAUGGGCAGCGAGUCGGGGGUGGGGCUGGCGGAGGCUGAGGUGGCGGCACAUGGGGCUGCCAUCCGGCUGGCUCUGGAGCAGCAGCAACAGCAGCUGCAACAGCAGGAGGGAACGGCGCUGCAGGAGGAGGACGAGGCGGAGGAGACGGAAGAGAAUGAGGCGGAAGAGGAGGAAGGGUCAUCGGAAGGGCAGAAGGGUGCUGGUGCGGCCGGUGAGCGUGGCGGCAGUGGCGGUCUCAGCUGGGAGGACGCCUGGGCGGCUGCCACAGCCAACAGCACCAGCAGCGCUGCUGCCGCUGGUCCCGCUGCUAUCGCCACCUCCACCACAGACGUGCCGUCCGCUGCGUCCUCGGAGCCGGCGGCGAGGCCAAGGUCGGGUCGGGUGACCUGGGCGACAAGUCUGCUGUCCGGGGCGCUAGGGGGCGCAGCAGCAGCAGCACGGGACGGCGGCCGCGUCGGUUCAGCUUCCAGCGCACCGGUCCAGGAGGACUCCAGGUUCUCGGGGACCGUCCGCGGCGGCGGCAUGCGUCGUACCAUGACUGCCCCCAUGCUGAUGCUGCUGGCGGACCCCUCGGCGGAGGGCUGCGGUCACGGCCGCAGCAGCUACCAGCAGCUGCAGAUGCUCAGCAGCGUCGCCGCCGCUGACUCCGACGCUGACGAGGAUAACAAGAGGGCGGCGGCGCAGGCCUCACCGCCGCCGCCGCUGCCGCCGUCAGGCUGCUUGUCUCAGCACUUCCACUCCGCGGCAUCUUCAUCGCUCCGCGCCCGGCCGGUACCUGUGCCCAACGCCGGCAGCCGCAUGCCAGCAUUCCGCGCGUCGCCGCUGGGUGGUGGAGCCCACUCGUACGGCACUUGGUACGGUAGCGGCAGCGGGCUGGAGCGUGUCAACAGCCAGCCGCUGCCUUCGGUGUCGUCUUCGUCGCCGCGGCGGCGCUUCGGCAGCCUGGCGGGGGCGUUGGCGGCGGGCGGCGCCUCCGCCAGCAGCAGCGGCAGCGGUUGCGGCGGCAGCGGCGGUGGCGCUGGUUGCGACAGCGGCGCGGGGGGUGGCGGAAUGGUGACGUUUGGGUCUUGCGGGUCCCUGAACCACCCUAGUCCGGUACAGAGCAUGGCCGUUUGGCCGCCUGUGAGGUUGUUGGAGGAGGAGGCGGAGGGUGACGGAGGUGCUGCCGAGGAGCUGCCAAGUGCCGGAAGUGUGGAUCGGGGCGAGGAGGCGCAGCAGAUGGGGGCCCUGGCGGCUGAGAUAAUGGCAGCGGAGGCGGCGGCAGCAGAGGCGGCGGCAGUGGAGGCGGAGGGGCCGGCGACGACGCCGGUAAGGGGCGCGGAUGAGCGGGUGCGGGGCGGCGCACGGCGGAGGGAGAAGGGCAAGAAGUCCCGGGCUGGGAGGCGCUGAAUGACCCAUGGGUCGGUGGCCCGCGUGGUUGGCAACGCCUUUCAUUUGGAACUGGAGUGGGUGCUACUACUAUUGCCGUACUUGUCGGCGGGUAUGCGAUUAAAGAAGUAGAAGAUUACAUACUGAGCGAAAAGGGAUUUUUGAGUUACCGGUACCUUUUGGAGAUAUGUUUGCAACAUGCGAGUUAAGAUGCCGUAUGAUUUUGCACGGAAUGUAUAUAAGCGUCGGUGGUUUGUGCGAAGUACACGCAGGCGGGUGAUUUGUGGCCGUCGUAAGCGCACUAUAUCGUUUCUCGACGUCUCGAAGGAGUUGCCUGGUCGCUUGGCUGGUUGGUCUGUUUCAUUGCUGCUGUCAGGCUUUCAUUAUCUCUGCGAUCGCAGCGGCAAACACGUGUCGCGGCGACCGUUUAUGACGACGGAUGUACGCGUGUAUUCGGUGUGUGUUGCAUUAGUGUGUGUGUGUGUGUGUUGCGCAACAUGGGAUAUAUUUUGCAGCUAAUCUGUCCCACCGCAGUUCAUACGGUGGGCUUCGGACGUUGCGGGGUGCGAGGUACAUCUUGGGGUGAGGUCCCCUGAGGUGUCGCGCUGACAUGGCCUUGGCGCUGCCAUGUUGCUGCUGCAUUGCUGCCUUGCGAGGCAACCUGCAUGCAUGCAGGGCAGGACGGCGGUGCGGAGAGAGGAGCUGCUUGUGUGCGUUUGGAACUUUGGAAUACACCUCCUAGCGUUCGUGCUGUUGGGCGCUUGCAUGGACGUGGGCUUGUCCUCGGAUUCCGGGUGAAUGAGAGGACCUCGUCGGUCGACGUAGUUGGGAUCGCCAGGCAGGGCAGGGCGGGGUAUGGCACCUUUUACUGAGGGCGCAGGAGUUCCCGCCACGGAGGAACUCCCGGGGGGUUUAAUUGGUUCUCUGUUACGGUAUUCAAGACGAGUGCAGGGGGUUUUCCACACACGUCAACCAGGCGUUUCGCAGACCAAUGAAUCAGCAAGUGUGAGUAGCCGCCCGACUCUUUUAGUUUUGCUAUAUCCUCGUGAUAGUGUAUCCUACACUGCGGCAGUGCUGUUGCGGCAGUGGAGGCGCCAGUGUGCUGCUGCUGCUGCUGCUGCAGGAGGUGUGGUGCCUGGGGUUAAUCGAUGUUGUGGGGAGCCUCAGUGCAGGUUGGAGGGACUCCGUCUGUCAUGUGAUGAGGCCUGGACUUGGGUCAACAUACCCACAUUUACCAGUAUUCAGACCCACAUCUGAUUGCGCGCACCGAGGGGUCUGUCGCUCUGAACACAUACAGGCAGUGUUUGGCGCUGUUCCGCACCUGGAGCCAAAUGUCGCUUUACGCAACGACAUGUCGCUUUCAGUGGAGUCAGUCCUGUCAAUCCAAAGGUUACAGGAUACGGUACGAUGUUUCCGUGCUUGCACGGCAGGCGGGUACGGCAGCUUUGGGUGAAUGGGCAAGAACAAUUAUGCUCCCCCUUCGAGGCGUGUAAUAUAUAUACAGUGGCCAAGCCUGGAAGAACACAACUGUUUGAGAAGCCUGGUGGGCGUUGUCCUUUCUUUAAGAGCGACAAACAACCAACAACGCACCGCCAC